UCGUGUUUGAACGUGGCGGCGCGGUAACAAGCAGCAGCGGCUCAUAAGAGCAAAAGUUGGCCUUAGGAUUGUGGUGUUUGUUGCUAGAUGAUUUUUUGAUAAGACAGUAUAUUUUAGAUAAACCCAGUUACUGAAUGGCAUUCAGUGGUAGUUUGGUAUAUUUGUCUAAACUAAUCAAAAACAGGUUUCAUCGCGAUAUCCCAUGACUGCGAUGACCUGCAAAUUGAGUGGCCUGUUCAGCAUUGGCGAGGACUUUGACGAUGAGGACGUACUCGGAACAGACUGGGCUGGUUGUUCAGCCUCCGGACCAGCUAGUGUAACAGCAGCUGCUGCACCAUCCUGCGCUCUGCGGGCUCCCUCUGUUGCUCACAGAGAACCGGAGAAAACUUGCCAUCAGCAGACUGGAGAAAGAUUGGCCGGCUUGUGUAAUGGCACCGCAUCAAGGAGCAGCACAUACAGUGUUACAGCACAAACUGUUGCUUUGGGUUUCCGACAGCUCUCCUCCUCUUCUCAGUCUCACUCCCACCCUCCAACCACUCUCAAUAACUCUCAGACAAAUUUGGCACGGCAGCAGAAUUCUGCUCACACUAAGGGGCUGUUGCAGCCCUGUGUGGCUCAGGAUGAUUUUGAUGAAUGGGAUGUUGACCUGGCAGACUUGGAUGAGAUUGACAGCCAAAUGGGGCAACUUUGUAAGCCUUCUGCUCCCAGUCCAUCUGCAGCAACAGUUGAGCCAUCAUCUUCAGCCAAAACUCUGCGACCUUCAACCUGUGGGAGUCAGACAGUGCCUAAUCGGACCCUUAGGGAGCUUAACAGUGCAUACAAGACUCAUAGCUCUUCUAAUUACAGUACACCUCCCCGUCCUGCUUUGUUCUCAGCUUCCUCACAGAGUCCUUCUGUUUUCCGUGGCCUUACAACAACCUCACCACCUCCCAGGAGCUUUUCCAGAACGCCUAACAUUCCUCAGCAGCCGCAAAAAUCGUGGACAGCUCCCCAAGCAUCCCCUCAGGCUCACAGCCUUUUUGAGACGGUCUCCCCAGCACCCUGUCCUUCUGUGAACUCUCAUCCCCUGCACACACCGGUUCUCACCAACCGCCUGGUCCAACUGGUAUCUGCCUCCAGUAAAAUUCCCAAGAAAAGGCCUCGCUCUGACGCUCACCAGCCCAGAAUGCGGCGCUUCCCUGGUCCUGCAGGACUUCUGCCGCAGCAGCCACAGGGUCAGAACCUGGACCGGAUAGUGGUUUCUGUUCCUCAGACUCCUGCUCAUGGGGUUAUGGCUAGACUCCCAAGCCAGGGUUCCAGCUCACAGACUGAGGAAGAUGAGUUCAGCAGCGGUGCCUGGGCAGCGAUGAAGGCAGAGAUGGGCCUGGAUGAGAGGAAUCCAUCCUGCUUCCUGCACACGUACAGUGUGGUCAUGGUGCUUCGCAAGGCUGCGCUGAAACAACUGGCCAGAAACAAAGUCCCCAACAUGGCCGUGCUGCUGAAGAGCAUCAUUCACACACAUGCUGACGCCAAGGCUGUAUUUAAAGACCCAACAGGCGAGAUCCAGGGAACGGUGCACCGGCGGCUCCUGGAGGACAGAGUGGAGGAGCUGAAGGUUGGAGCCGUACUGCUGCUCAAACAAGUUGGCGUGUUUUCACCCUCCCAUCGUAACCACUAUCUUAACGUGACACCCAACAACCUGCUGAGGAUCUACUCCCCCGAUGGAGUCGGUCUGUCCUCCAUUCAGCUCCACCCGCCGGUACCGCAGCCGAUGUCGACGUCAACCGCUGAGGCUCCCAGCGUCCUCCAGGAGCCGGUGUCUCAGAUGCAGCUGAUGUUUGAUGAGGAGGAUGACGAGGGAAAAGAGGGGGACAAGCACACAAAGAGAGCUAAGGACCCUCGGGUGCAAACACAUACUGAGGAUACCAAAUCAGUGAGCUCCAGCAGAGGCCCCCAACAGAGCGCAGGGAGCUCAGCACCUCAUGCAGACUGGGAUGCAGAUGAUGAUUUGGAUGAACUGCUGGGAGAGUUACCUGAGGACACCUACGGCUUCUGAUGUCAACUUCACAUUGAAUCCUCUCUUCAGACUGUCUCCAUCUUUAAACGUGUCCUCUCUGUUCUGACAUCUCCUCUUUCAUAUCACCAUCUGACCACUGAAAACUUGUAAAAAUAUAUACAGCACAUGUUAACAAGAAGUAUUUUUGAUUGUCAUCUAAAGUCAACGCAUGCUCAUUAAUUUAAAAACAAAUCCGCCUUUUUUUUUUCUUCACACCACGUACAUUGUUAAUAUCCUUGUAAAGACUGUGUUGGACAUUGUGUAUUAAGGAUGUUCCUGGUCCUUUUAUUUCAUUCUUAUACGCUACCCUCACCUUGAAAUCGAAAGCUAAUCUGCACAACAUUGAUUUGCUAAUUAUGCAAAAAGAAAGCAAGGCGAGGCUUCGUUUCCUGCCAUGUUGAUAGUUUUUGUCCUCGACCUCCAUUUCUAGUCCUUAUCUGUAUCCCUGAGCCUCCAAGCAGAGCGGAUAAACUCCCCCGGCUUGUUUGCAGCACCUCUUAUAGUUUUUCUGGCAGGACUUGCAAGUAGUUGUCCUCAGAGCCUCGGGUGUGUUCGCUGACUGAACAGUGUUUACUCGGCCCUUUCUGCAUCAGGGUGGAGUUGCACUGUGACUAAUGCACUCUUAUGGAGGCUUCCCAACAGGAUUUCCUCCACAGAUUCAGACUCCACCACCACCCCAGCCUCUGUAUACAUAUUCAGGUUAAUCCACAGCUUCUUUGUCAUUCUGAGUACGACACAGCUGCAAAUGUGGCCUAGAUUGUAUUUUAAAAGAGAGCUGGAAUGAUAAAAUGGUUGUGUGGUUUGCAAUUUCA